CGAGAAGCCGCUGUCCCCGGCUUACCUCCGCCUACAAAUACCGUGUCUUAUCCACACUCCCUCCUCCUAAAAAUCCUAAUCCUUUGUUUCUUUCCAUUCUUUCAUCGAAAUAUCAAAGGCGGCCUCUUUCCUCCUUCCGAUCUAACAGUUUGAAGCCUGUUCUCUCCAUCUUCACAUUCCUUUUUUUCCCCGGGUCGAUUGUUCGAUUAUAUAUAUUAAUGUACAUCAAACUAUGCUUACUUUUUGACAACCCGACAUAGAUUUCUCCAUCCCAGAUAUGAAAUCUGUCCUAAUGCGUCGAAUCCGUAUCCUCCAUUCUUUCUCAGUUGUCUUUCUUUACUGGUUCUACGUGUUCUCACUCCUCGUGAACUAAACCGACCCUCCUUUAGUACUCUUUCUUUCUUCUUGCCUGUUAUAGAAAUCCCUAAUUUCUUCCUCCCUCAGUCUGCUGUUAAAUUACAAAUAGUCGACCCAAUCCUACAAUAAAAAAGACCUUGUUACAGGAGAGACGAAGCAAUGGCUUCCUCCAUGCAACAUCAGCCCGCGAGCUCUAAUUCAUCAUCUGAUGCGGACCAACGCUAUGCCAUGUAUGAUGAAAAGAAGAGGAAGAGAAUGAUAUCAAAUCGCGAGUCGGCGAGGAGGUCUAGGAUGAGGAAACAGCAGCACGUCGAGGAAUUGUGCGCCCAGAGAGCUCUGCUGCAGAAGGAGCAGAUUGCUUGCAACCAGAAAAUCGACGCAGUCUCUCAAGGGCUUGCAGCGAUUUCUGCUGAGAAUGAUGUUCUGAGGGCUCAAUGUGCAGAACUGGCCGACCGGUUGCAGUCAAUGAAUGCCAUCCUCCAACUCUGGGCCGAUGUUAAUGAGACUGUGGUGGAUAUCCCCGAGAUUCCUGAUGUUUUGCUCGAGCCAUGGCAGCUGCCUUGUCCAACACUGCCCAUUGUUGCUUCUGCUGAUAUGCUCCAGUUCUAGGCUUCUUCUCCUAUGUGACUAUGUCAUUUAUUUCAUUAUUAAUCCAUUGUUGUCGUUGAUUGUUUCUUAUCAUUGUGUUUCAUUUGGUUCGGUGUCUCUCCCCCAUAAUCUCUAAGGGGCAUCUUGUUGUGCAUAGAUUUUGUUUUUCUUGGGUUUUUGUUGUGAAGUGUGAACUUCAUGCAAUAGGAUUGUCUAUUUUGUGGCAAUAAACUUUAAAAUUCUAGUUGUCUACAGUAUUUCGUAAUAAGAUUGGAAUUGAAGU